AUGGUUAAUACGGACUUUGAAAGGAUUUACUUGAACCAGCAACGAUCCGUUGGUCGUAUGCGUAUAGCCGACUCCGGUUUAGGAUGGAAAGCAAGUGCAAACCAACAGAAUGGCGGGGCAAAGCAACAACAGCAGCUACAACCGUUUCUCUUGCCUCGAGACGAAAUCAUUGUUGCUACGUGGUCUCGAAGCUCAAAGGGGUAUGAAUUGCGAGUUCAAACUAAAAACAAGGGGGUCGUGGUGCUUGAUGGUUUCCACGUAGACGACUUCAACCAAUUGAAACAAGAGCUAACCAGAAAUUUCCAAAUCAAUUUAGAGCAUAGAGAGCAUUCGUUGAGGGGAUGGAACUGGGGCAAGACCGAUUUGGCUAGGAAUGAAUUGAUUUUCAACGUCAAUAACAAGCCUGCUUUUGAGAUUCCCUAUGACAACAUAUCCAACUCCAAUUUAACCGGAAAGAAUGAAGUUGCUGUUGAGUUUAAUCUUGAUGGCAACAAUAACAAAUUGGGUGACGAGGUUGUCGAGAUGAGAUUCUAUGUGCCUGGCACCACUGUGGAACAGGAAACAAAGACAAUCAAGAAUGAAGAUGGCGAGUUGCAAGAAGUCAUUGAUAUCAAUGCUGACUCGGAGCAGAAUGCAGCGCAGGCGUUUUACGAGCAGUUGAAAGACAAGGCCGAUAUUGGCCAGAUUGCUGGUGAGGCUAUUGUGUCGUUUAGUGACGCCUUAUUUUUGACUCCAAGAGGUCGUUAUGACAUUGAUAUGUAUUCUACAUCGUUUAGAUUACGAGGCAAGACCUAUGACUACAAGAUUCAGUAUCAGCAGAUUGAAAGGAUCUUUUCCUUACCCAAGCCCGACGAAGUGCAUCAUUUGAUGAUUAUUCAAAUCGACCCGCCAUUGAGACAGGGGCAGACUAGGUACCCCUUUUUGGUGUUGCAAUUUGCCAAGGAUGAAGAGACCGAGUUGGAGUUGAACUUGAGCGAUGAAGAGUUUGACGCAAAAUAUAAGGAUAGGUUAAAGAAGUCUUAUGAUGCGCCAACUUAUAUCGUCAUGGCCCAUUGUCUUCGAGGUUUAACCGAGAAGAAAUUGUUUACGCCUGGUUCAUUCCAGUCGAGAUUUUUGCAACCGGGGAUUUCUUGUUCGCUAAAGGCAUCUGAAGGGUACUUGUACCCUUUGGAAAGAUGCUUUUUGUUUGUCACCAAACCAACGCUCUAUAUUCCCUACAGUGAGAUUAGCAACGUGGUGAUGUCAAGAACAGGCGGUGGUGUUUCUGCUUCGCGGACGUUUGAUUUGGAAAUCAAUAUUAUUGGCUCGACGCAAAAGCAUAUUUUCGGUAGUAUUGAUCGAGAAGAACAGGAAAACAUUGAGAGAUUUUGCAAGGAAAAGGGCGUCAAGGUUAAGAAUGAAGAGAAGAUUGCCAAACAGAGAUUGGCCAAGGCCUUGGAACAGGAAGCCGACAUGGACGACGACGACGACGAUGCCGAUGUUGAUAUGGGCAGUGCCGGCGAGGAAGAUUCCGAGGAAGAUGGCGAUUUCAAGUCUGGAUCAGAUUCCGAUGUAGCCGAAGAGUUUGAUAGUGCAGCUGAGUCUGAUUCUGGCAGUGAAGAAGAGGCAGAAGACGGCGAUGACAGACCACCCAAGAAAAAGUCAAGAAAUUGA